ACGUCGUGACGUCACGGGAGCGCCCUAGCAGAGCAGUUGGAGGAGCCACCACCAGUAGGUAGAGAGAGAGAGAGCUGGCAGAGACAGAGAGGAGGGAGAAGACAGACAGAAGAGACAGACAAGGAGACACGGUACGAGACAGGAAGACAAGCCUUGAAAGAGAGCAGCCUUUCACCUCGGUUGACCAGUCUGUUACCUUGACAACAGCGGACUAACUGACGAGGAGAUGUGACUGGCCUUUUCUUUUUCUGUUUGUUUCCACACGGAGCUUAUUUCACAACCGACGGGGCAGCAACGUAAACACAGUGACCACAGCCGCAGUGAUCCCUUCAUCCCAACCCUUGUGGAUUUACCUGCUUUACAUUGCUGCCUGUAUCUAAAGGGGAUGGUCUAUUGAUUCCUGCUUUCUAACAAAGCCCAUUGAUUUCGGUGCGGGUGCUGGAAAGGCCUUGAUCACAGCUAUGUCAGCACUGCAUCAGGAUAUUUCAACGGGAGUUUUCAGCUGUUACAUUUAGUAUUUCAGAUUUUUUUUUGGACAUCCAUCUUAUCUUUUUUGCUCUGUGUGCCAUUUUGAGCAUGUAUUUUUGAUUUGCUCAAUUUAUUAAUUUGAACCAGACACUCUUUCGCCUCUACAGUAUACACACCAUAUUCUCUUACCAUGUACGGUAGCUCUCGUUCCGUCUCAAAGCUGGAUGUUGUUGGAUCCAAUGGUAACGGGUCAGUGUCUGGGAGCCCCGGUCGCUCCCCACACCUCCCUCGCUCCCCACGCCUUGGACACCGGCGGAACAGCAGCAGCAGCUCCUCCGGCGGACUCACUGGCUCCUGUAAAACCCUGUCCAUGGAGAAUAUUCAGUCUCUAAAUGCCGCCUACGCUACGGGCGGUCCUAUGUACUUCGCUGACACAGUCGAUGACUCGAUCGGCAUCGGGAGCCUGGGCAGUGGGCUGAACCCCUCGCUGCCCAAAAGCACCAUGACCCUGGGCAGGGCCGGGGCCAGGAUACCCUAUGGGGUCAGGGCGGCCAUCAUGGGGAGCAGUCCCAAUAUAAACACUGGAGGAGGUGUUAUGAUGCCCAGUGAUGCAAUAGCAUUUGGGGGGGAGAUGCAUAACCAGCCUCCACAGGCGGCUACUGUGCCUCACUCCAUGAGACAGGUGAGAGACGGUGCAAUGUCAGACCUACAGACACAGUUAAGAGAAGUGCUGCGAGAGAACGAACUACUACGCAGAGAACUGGAGGCUAAGGAGUCCAAGUUGAGCUCCUCCAUGAACUCCAUUAAGACGUUUUGGAGUCCAGAGCUGAAGAAAGAGAGGGCGCUGAGGAAAGACGAAGUCACGAAGAUGUCCGUGUGGAAGGAACAGUACAGAGUGGUGCAGGAGGAAACACAGCAUUUCCAGUGCACCAUCCAGGCUUUACAAGAUGAGCUCAGAAUCCAGCGGGACCUCAACCAGCUCUUCCAGUCCGAUUACUCCGAGUCCGGUCACCUCGGAGGCCAGCCCAUCCCCCCUCAGGACAUGACGGAGGAGAACUUCCUGCGUCUCCACGGCGAGUACGAGCGGCAGGUGAAAGAGCUCUUUCUCCUGAGGAAGACGGUGGAAGAGAUGGAGCUGAGGAUAGACACACAGAAACACACACUAACUGCCAGGGAUGAAUCCAUAAAGAAGUUAUUGGAAAUGCUGCAGAGCAAAGGGCUGUCGUCACGGGCGACCGAGGAGGACCACGAACGAACGAGGCGGCUGGCAGAUGCAGAGAUGACCAUCCACCAACUGGAGGGCUUCCUGGAGCAAAAAGACAAGGAGACGCUACAACUCAGAGAGGAGCUGCACAGGAGAUACGAAGCAGCUCCAGAAUCUACAAAGACCAAGGCCUUGCAGACCGUCAUCGAAAUGAAGGAUGCGAAGAUCAGCUCAAUGGAGCGCGGCUUGAGAGAGCUGGAGGAGGAGGUGAACAUGCUCAAGUCCAACGGAGCUCUGAGCAGCGAGGAGAGGGAGGAGGAGAUCAAACAGAUGGAGGUCUACAGAUCCCACUCCAAGUUCAUGAAGAACAAGGUUGAGCAGCUGAAGGAAGAGCUAACUCUCAGCCAAUCAGAGAAGGAGGCGCUAAAGCAACGAGCCAAUGAGCAUCAACGGGAUGGGUCCUCAAUGGAACAGGCAAAGCAGGAUCUGGGUCGUAAGGACAGCGAACUGUUGGCUUUCAGGACCAAACUGGAAACUCUGAACAAUCAGUUUUCUGACAGUAAACAACACGUAGACGUACUCAAGGAGUCACUCACUGCCAAGGAACAGAGAGCCGCUAUACUGCAGACUGAGGUGGAUGCGCUGCGUCUCCGUCUAGAGGAAAAGGAAUCUCUCCUCUCUAAAAAGAGCGGGCAGAUAUCAGAGCUGACGGAGGAGAAGAGCACUCAGCACGGAGAGAUCAGCGACCUCAAAGACAUGCUGGACGUCAAGGAACGCAAAGUCAUCGUGCUGCAGAAGAAGAUAGAGAACCUCCAGGAUCAGCUGAGAGAUAAAGAGAAACAGCUGGGCGGCCUGAAGGACAGAGUCAAGUCUUUACAGACAGACACCUCCAACACCGACACAGCACUGGGAACACUGGAGGAGGCUCUGGCUGAGAAGGAGCGAAUCAUCGAGCGGCUGAAGGAGCAGCGGGAGAGGGAGGAAAGAGAAAAGGGGGACGAGAUGGAGUCCAGCAGAAAGGAGCUGAAGGAGUUGAGGGAGAAAGUCUCCCACCUGCAGGCUGACCUGGCUGACCGCGAGACUUCAGUGUUGGAUCUGAAGGAGAAGGCGUCCUCUCUGGCGUCCUCCACUCUGAAGAAGGACAACAGGCUGAAGACUCUGGAGAUCGGCCUGGAGCAGAAGAGAGAGGAGUGUGUCAAACUGGAGAACCAACUCAAGAGGGCUCAGAGUGCAGCGACAGAUUCCCAGGCCAACGGUGAACUCUCCGAACGCAUCUCCUGCCUGGAGGAGGAAGUGACCCGGCACAAAGAGGAUGCUGGGAAGGCCCAGUCCGAGGUGGAACGGCUCCUGGAGAUCCUGAGGGAGAUGGAGAAUGAGAAGAACGACAAGGAGAAAAAGAUCCACGAACUGGAGAGAACCCCCUCUGCCUCUCAUCUGUGGCGCUCUCAGCAGUCGCGAAAACAGGCCCCUCCCCCCGCUGCCUCUCAGCAGCCAAUGGGGGGGCUGGUGUGGGACUACCUGGGCACUCUUGCCUCAAGGCAGAUGAAGGACCAGUCGAAGAAGGUGGCCAACUUUAAACACAAGGAGCAGCUUGAGAAGAGCAGGAACGCCCAGCUGAUGGAGGACGCCAGGAAGAGAGAGGACAAUCUGAACGAGAGCUCCCUGCAGAUAAAGGACUCCCUCCGUCUGAAGGAGGAGCGCAUCGAGGAGCUGGAGGAGGCGCUGAGGGAAAGCGUUCAGAUCACAGCGGAGAGGGAGGUGGUGCUCGCCCAGGAGGAGCAGGCACGCACGCACUCCGACAAACAGGUGGAAGACCUGCUGGUUGCUAUGGAGAGGGUGAAACAGGAACUGGACGUGAUGAAAGCCAAGCUGUCAUCAACUCAACUCUCACUGGCCGAGAAGGAAGGUCACCUGACCGCCCUGCGGGCCGAGAGGCGGAAACACCUGGAGGAGGUCCUGGAGAUGAAGCAAGAGGCGCUGCUGGCAGCCAUAAGUGAGAAAGACGCCAACAUUGCCCUGCUGGAGCUCUCCUCGUCCAAAAAGAAGAAAACCCAGGAUGAGGUGUCGGCUCUGAAGAGGGAGAAGGACGGUCUGGUUCACCAGCUCAAACAGCAGACUCAAAACCGCAUGAAGCUGAUGGCUGACAACUAUGAGGACGACCACCUGAAGGUCUCCUCUCCAAACUCAGAGCUGCCCAACAACCACAAGCCCUCCCCAGACCAGAUUCUCUCUCCUCUCCUGGAUCUCAAUCAGAAUCGCAGUAAACUGAAGCUGUACAUCAGCCACCUGACCUCGCUGUGUCAGGAGCGAGACCCAAUCAUACUGCAGGACUUCGCCCCGCCCCCCUCCUAUCACCGCUCUGACUCCGCCUCCUGGCAUACGCAGCUGCACAGCAUGACGCAGGAACAGUUGGAGGCGGAGUUAGCGCUGUGUGAGAGGGAGGGGGCGGAGCUCCAGGAGUACGCCAAUCAGGUCCUGCAGCAGAUCGCCGAAGGAUGCCCCGACAUUUUGGAACAAGUGGUCAACGCUCUGGAGGACAGCUGCUGACACACGAGUGCACACUGACAGAAACAUAAAUAAGCUUACGUACAUACAUUAAUUAGCAAGCAAACAUACACAGGACUAUCAGAAGUCUCCAAAAAGCCCCCAUAAUCCCAAUUCACAAAUAGCAUCACAGGAUGAAGACUGUCUCUUCCACCCGCUCUUCACUCUCAUUUUUGUAAAAAGGGGGAUCUACAAAAAAACAUAAUUACUGAAAACUAUUCUUCCACUAUGUCUUUUUAUCGCUAUCAUUUUGAACAAACGGUGCCAUCUGAGAGAAAUAGUGUUCAUUUUUCAGUUCAUAGUGCUUAAAGUUAAUUGGAAAUAGAUGAUGUUUUUGAGACUACUCCGAAAACAGGAGCCUUCACUGCACUCGCCAUCUGUGACACUUCACAGCGGCCAUCUUGUGUCCUUCCAGGCAAAUCAGCAGACUUGUAAACUUGACUUGAUGUAUUUCAUGGGGGGGGAAUAUUGUAUGAAAAGAGUGAAAGUGAGUCGAGCUUGCCAGGUUGUUUCUGAUGCCAGACUUACACGCUGUUACCACAUUGUUAUUUGAUUGGUUCAGAUACAAAAGUGUGUUUAUUUCAGCUGCCUUUGAUUCUUUACAUCAUUUGCUGCUAUCGUUUCUAUUUUAUUUUUCCAUUUCUUGUUUUUUUUCUGAUGAAACAUCCCAACUUGCAGUUUCUUUCAGCCGUAACCUCUAGAUAGUUGUGCAUAUUGUAAAGAGAGAACUUUAAUUAACAGCUUUUCGUCAGGGGAACGAGACACUUUCGUCUAUUUCUUUUCCCCAUUAUUGAUGAAAGGCACAACAGAUCUCGCAAUACUCCCUUUAUUGAAACACACCAGUGUAGAUGUUUUGUGUCCAUGCUGAAAUUAGGUUCAGACAAUCCCUCUCUUACCAUUUUGUGACAAUCCCUUUAGAGAUAACGUGGAGAAAUCUGAACUCUUUUCCCUUAUUGAAGCAUCCUUUUUUUCUUGGGAGGUAGGGAAUAUAAAAUAAUUGCUAUAUAUUUUUUUGCUUUUGGUAAUAUAUAUAUAUAAAACACUAAUCUUGUUUAAUUGAAAAAAAUAUUGUCAUGUAUUGGUUGUUACAUAAUGUGUCUUUUUUUUUUGUGAUUUGCAAGUAACCACAGAUUUGUCCCCUAAGCAGGAGACUGUUAUUGGGAACGUCGUAUAUUGCACCUACAUGAGGCUCUGUGUCCACCGGGAGCAUUUUCUCACAGUUUCUUGUUGUUUACAGUGGAAAUGACACUCUGAUGCAUGUUUCCCACAGCGCUGACAGCCUUAGCAUGAUUUAAACGCUAACAGCACCGAGCACUAGAGGUCCCAAUUGUUUCAACUUCAAUCAAAAGCUCCUCUAACAGGUUGUUUUUUUAAAAGUCUUAUAAUGUAGUGAGAGCUGACGCCACAUGCAACUGUUUAGCGCUGCUCCCUAAAAAAAAUAAAUACCUGGUGGAGACAAAGCCUAAAGAUGGGGAUUUACACUGCACACUCACAUCUGAUUUUACACACAUUAUAAGGCUCUCUGAAGUAGUCAAAAAAGAUUUCAUUGUGGCACCUAAGCUGCGUAGUUUCAUUCCAAAAUAUUACUGUUUUAUGAUGUUCCCUCAAAUGUUACCAGUUUGAAAUUGCUAAAAAGCUGAAACGAAAUGAAACUCUAUCAGAUAUGAGCUCGUAUUGUAAAUCCAGCAUUUUGUCGUCUGUUUUAUACUGAUAAUGUUUUGGAUCGGUGACGACUGGGACUCACCGUGACUUUGUUGUGGAUUGAAAAAUGAGAGAAUGGAAUAAAAUAUGGAUUUAUCUUUA